UGCCAAUGGGAGACCAGAAGGCAGGAGGAAAGUGCGGCCGGCGCGGCGGGGGCCAACGGAAUAGAAUCGGAUCGUAUCGAGAGUCGGUCGAGGCUUCAGUUCGUCUGAAAACGCCCGCGUCGUGCGUCGAACGUCGCGGCGACACGUUUUAUUCUAUAUAUCCUCUGCACUCUAUCCGCAUUCUAUCGUAGACGAGCCGAGCUCAACUCGAUACCGAUACCUGGAUCUCGUUUCACCGUACGAGCCAAAGGAGCAUCGUCGAUCAUGAAAAUCAAAGGCGCGACCGUGUUUCUCACGCUGCUCGCGCUCUCCGUCAUCGUUGCCGACGUCGAGGCGGGAUGGAAGUUCUGGAAGAAGAAGGACAAAGACGCGACCACCACGACCACAGAGACACCGUCUAGCACAACCGUAGCGCCAACUACCGCCAAUCCGGCUGGUAAGCCUGCUGGUAGUCCAGCUGGUAACCCAGCUGGUAGUUCAACCGGCAAGCCUGCUGGUAGCCCAGCUGGAAAACCGUCGACUGGCCCGAACAACGUGGGAUCGGCUGUGAUUGGCGCCGGCGACCCUGGCCUAGCGAUCGGCGUCAAUUCGAACGCGCAAAACGUCCGAAACAACGCUCGGCCGAGCAGACCGAACCCGGGAACGGAAGUCGGUCUCGACAUUGUUGGGAACAAGCCCGCGAGGCCCGGAACCGGUGGCAACACGGGCCAAGGUUACAGGGAUUGGGCCGCUGACUUAACCGGCGCCGGAGAACCCGGAAGACAACCGCCGAAGUCGCCAGGCCAAGGACCAGCGCUCAGUCCUGGAGGUGCUGCGUCUCCAGGAGCUCUGCCCGCAGGUGCGAAGCCCGGUCCAAGCCCCGCGGUCACACCCGCGCCACGACCUCAGCCUCAACAGCCUUCGCCACGACCUCAGCCCCAACAACCUUCGCCACAAUCGCCAGGUUCGAGACCGUCCGCCGGCCCUGGCAGUCCAGCAUCUUUUCCGGCAGUGUCGCCAUCCCCGAGACCGUCCGCGUCGCCAGGACCGACGCAGCCAGCGCCCAAUCAACCGGGAGCUGGAGGCAAUCAGGUGUCGACGUUGCACGUGGGUGCUCUGAAACCCGGCAGCACCACUCCGCCACCACCCAGACCCGGAAGUCCUGGAAAAACUUGGGCGGACGUUGCCGGUGGCGGCAGCAGGCCCAACUCGCCGACUCCUUCUCCGAGGCAGCCCACUUAUCCGAAUCAACCGGGUGGACAGACUCUGCCCGUGGUAGCGGGCGGUGCCGUAGCGACUGGAGCCAAAACCAAUACUCCUACAACCUACUCGAGCAAUCCUACCUACAGCAAGGGUAACGGCAUUACGGACGAGGACCUGGAGAAGCUCUCCGAGGCUCUGUUCAUCAAGGACACCAACAACGCGAACAGAUACAUAACUCUGAACAUCCAGAAGCAAACGAGCAGCAGCAGCACCGCCGACGACGCCCCUCAGCCGUUGUUCACGGUGAACCCGGAAGCCUACCAAGGUCCCACGAUCCAGAAAAUAAUAACGAUCUACGACAACUACCAGCCGGACACGAACGUGAACGAGCACAUAAGCCCGUUGCAGAGGCAGGAGGAGAGCCUGCUGGUGGACACUAUGCUAAGCACGAACGUGAUGUCCGCCGCGAUGAGAUUCCUCGCGGACAAGGGGAAGAUCCGCAAGGACUACUACGACUACAAGGACACCCUGAGAAAGAUAUGGUUCAAUCUGUUCUCCCGUGGACAGGGGAAGAUCGGCAGCUCGGGAUUCGAGCAUGUGUUCAUGGCCGAGCUGAAGAAUGGCCAGAAUGCGCCCGAGGUGGUCGGCUUGCACAACUGGAUCUACUAUAGCAAGGAGGAGGCCACCGGGAAGGUCGACUACAACGGAUACUUGAAGAAAGUCGACCUGGGCGAUAAAGGGCAUAUCUUGAAGAUAAGGACGAAGUUCAACGGCCACGAUAAACCGGUGACCACCAUGUUCGUGGGCACCUCGCCCGAGCUGGAAAUGUCGCUGUACACGGUCUGCUUUUACGCGAGACCAGAGGCCAAUUGUCCGGUGUCCCUGGGCGGGACAAAGUUCAACAUCGUCACGCACAAGUUUAAGUACAGGGGCAACGACCUCGUGGGAACGGCAUACCCCGAGAUAUAACAUUAUUACGUACGACAUGUAGCGUAUAGCACUUCCUUUUUUUUUACCCGAUCGAACCUCGACCGAUCUUCUCGGGAAGAAAUCGUAGUUCGCGAUUCGAAGAACGCGAGACGCACGCUUCGACGAAUGCUUUUCUCGGAGCCCGAAAUUCGUCAACGAUGACUUCGUUAUCUAAUCUGCUAUCGCUGUAUUCAACCGCGAGUGACUAUUCGAUCGGACACGUUUUUCUUUAUCUUCGAUUAUGGCUACGCGAUUUGUGCGCGAUCUGUACCGGUAUGUAUCGGGUUGUCCGGAAAGUUCGUGCCGAUUUUUUAGGAAAAUUAAAACGCGGCUCAUUUAAAUAUCGGUAUAUAUUUAUUAAAUUCUAUAGGCACCAUUCUGUUCCGCAACCUUUCUCCAUCUUUUUCGUGCAGCUUGAGAAUUCCGUCCUUCCAGAACCUCUCAGGUUUUUCGGCAAAGAAAUUGUCGUUCUUGAUCUUCAAGAUCGAAAUCUCCAGCUUUAAACCGAGCAUAUCUUAUUUGUCGCUUGUGCGGCAUUUCUGCCCUUUCGGAAAAUGAAAAGCAUUAAAUUCCUGUAAUGCGCUUUAUUUGCCAACGUGUUCUAAGGCGUACAAAAGUGAUAAAAAUUAACGAAUCGUAACCAAACUUUUUUCCAAAUAUGGUUGAAGUUAUCUCUGUUAGAAUAUGUACGCAUGUCAUUUGUUUUCAAUAAUUGUGAUAUAUUCGGUCAGGUCUCUCACGCUGCCUACCGAAAAUCGGCACGAACUUUCCGGACAACCCAAUGUAAGUUCCUGAAUCGCGGAACCCUCGUAAAAGAAUCGCGAAUACAAAUACUCCUUGUAGAGAUAAGCUUUCGUCCAGUAAAAUCCGUUAUUUGAACGAACGACUCGAUGUUUUGCAUUGGUUAAGCCAAUCUCGAAUAAACAGAUAACGUCGAAUA